AUUCUCUUGUCAAAUUUCUUUUUUUUUUUUUUUUUUUUUUUGUUGCUGAAAAGCCGGUUCCAGAUCACGCAACCCGUCGUUUCUCAGAGAAGGGCAUCUUUAUUUCGGAGGGCAGUCGGAUGGCCAGCCAACAUAGCCAGUGGCAGCUUGACUCUGGAGGCUAACAGCCGCAUACCACUCUCGUUUUUAAACCAUAUAUCCAGCCUUGAGCUCUAUGUCGACUUCAGGAAUGGCUGCCUCCGCCUUUGAACAUGCGCCCCUGGCCCCUCACCUGUCACCUGGCAUACACCCGGUGGCCAUGUCUCGUCCACAGGUGGGCAUCGAGAGGCUUCCGACACGGCGGAUGAGCAACGAACCUCGAGAAUCCAUGAACUGCAAGUCAUGCCGCAAACGAAAGAUCAAGUGCAACCGCCUCCGACCAUCUUGCGAGGCUUGCCAGGUUUUCCAGUGCCCUUGUGUGUAUGAUGCCGUACCCAAGAAAAGGGGCCCUAAAACAGAUGUACUGGAGGCCCUCGUAAAGAGGAUCGACGGGCUGGAGCAGCAACUUAAAGACAAAAAGACCGCAGAUCCUUCAGGAACGGAAGUGGCAACGAUUAUUGGAAACACGAGAACGGCAAGCAACGCAAGCAUAGCACCAGAUGUCGAUCAAGUGUCACCGAGCGCCUCUGCUGGGCCUGCAGCUGGCAGUGUGGCAGACGAAGAUCUGAAAUCAAGAAUCGACCCGGCACUCACGAACAGAUCGGCCCAAAUCUCCGAGUCGGCCAUUUAUUCGCCGUCUCCUGGAAGUGAACCAUCUUCCAUGUCCAUAACAGUUCCGACCGAGGCGUUGCUGGACACGUAUUUUAGUCGUUUUCACGGAAAGCCAUAUCACAUCCUGGACGAGACGGUAAUCAGACAGAGGAUACAAGCACACCAAAUACCAUCAUUCUUGGCGCAUGCUAUUUACGCCGUCUCAGCAAGAUAUAUACCACAUCCCAGCGGCUAUCAGUCUGCUGUGCAGCUCAGUGAAGAUUACGCAAUCCGGGCGAGAUCCGAGAUAGAUACCGACGAACCGUCAGUCGACGCACUACAGGCACUUCUUCUUUUGGUGACAGCCUUCACCGCUAUGGGGAAGGGGAGGAAGGCAUACAUGCUCCUUACUAGCGCGGUAGGCAUGGCCGUGGCCCUGGAGCUCCAUCGAGAAGUGGACCCCAACGCCCGAAUAUCACCGGCAGAACGCGAGAUGCGGAGGCGGCUCUUCUGGAGCUGCUUUCUCCUGGAUAGAUUUAUGGCGUGUGGCUCGAAGCGCCCGUCACUCAUCUCCAACCGAACCAUAAUCGUCCGUCUCCCUUCCUGGUCGCCAGGUCCGCAGUCGUUACCAGUGGAGGGGGAGUUCUUCGUGAGCGGCUCGAACCUGCACUACUUCCAGGGGAGUGGUAAGAAAUCUCAGGGCAGCAGCGGGAUGCUGAUCGACAUCAGCCGGAUACUGGGCAUAACCAACCGAUACCUCGCCGCGGGGGGAGUCAAGGGAGAUUCUCACUUCCCUUGGCAUUCUCUAUCCAACCUGUCCAAGAUCCGACAGGACUUGGACAUAUGGGCCUCGGGCACCGAAGAUGUGUUUUCGAGCCUCGACAAGCUUUUCGGUCAGCCAGACUCGACCGUCCUCGUGUUGAGCAAGCUGAUUUACCACCUGAUACACUGCCUCAUCUACAGGCCCUUUCUCCCCAUAGAUCUCGGCGAGCUCGCCGGGGCCGGGCAGCACCAGUCGUGGCAGAUCGAAGCGACCAACAUGUGCUUUUUGCACGCAAACGCAAUAGCAGAGCUCGUGGAGCUCGGGAAGCAGACGGCGACCAUUGAGUGGCCGGCGUUUGUCGGCUACUGCAUCUGCACGGCGGGGACUGUGCACGUGCACGGGGCCUUUUACAACAAGAACCGGUUCGCCAGCGGCGAGAUGGGUGGCGUCCUGGCCUCGUCGACCGAUUUCCUCUCUCGCGAGAUGCAGCAGCUGAGCGAGCUGAGAUAUGCCUGGGCGAGCGUGCAGCACCAGCGGGAGACGCUUCAGGGCAUCUACGGCGCACACGCCGAGCUGGUCAAGAGCCACGCCAGCAACCCCAUGCGCUCCGCGCCCGUCUUCCAGCUGGAGGACUUUUUCGACCGAUACUCCAACAUUGGUGGACCGGGCGGCCAGUCUUUUUAUUUCGACUCGGCCAACAUCAGCCUGUCGGAUGUCGUGGUCGACUACACCACCGACGUCUAUACGGGCCACGACCUCUACGCACCCAGGUCUAGCAUUAGUGUAGAGGCGAUGGGAGCGGGAAAUGGUAGCGAUCGGCCGAGCCUCAAGCGCAAGAAGACGGCACCCCACGGCAACAUGAAGGCUCCUGACCUCCGACUGCAGUCCAUAUCGACCAACAUGCCCGUGCCACAUACGCCGCACGGCCUCCCGACGCCGUCGCACCACCGGCAUUCGUUUUCUUUCCAGCCGCCUCAGGGAUCGCCGGUCCUUUUACACUCCCCUGGGGCGCAUCACCAUCCUAUUCCGGGCGCUACCGACGCACCAUCAUCACAUCCGACGGGACCGGGCACGAGAGGGAUGGGGUCCGUGGGGGAAAUGCACACACCUGCAGGGCAUCACCUGCAGUCACAUCAGGGCGGCGGCAUCAGCACCUUUAGCCCCACGAUCAACUACUCCCCACCACCGGGACAGGGUGGUGGUGGUGGUGGCAAUCGAGAAACCCCGUCCCAGCAACAACAGCAGGGGUCAGGGGCGACGCCGGGGAACACGGGCCAAUCUUCGUACGACCCCAUGUUUGGCACCCUGCCCACAAACGCCUUUAGCAGCCCGGCGCCGGGGCCGUGGCACCACCACGCGGUGCCCGGAGGCGAAAACGACGUGGCAGCUGCCCCCGGAGCGGCGGCGGGAAAGACGUUGGCGCACAGCCCUGGCGCGGGGAGCAACGCCAACGAGGGCGGCGCCGAAGAGAAGGACCCGUUCCUGAGCCUGCUGGAGCAGCUUGCCGAGAACGAGCAGGCCAUGGGCUCGGGGGGUGAGCUUGAUUUUUUCUUGGGAAUGAGCCAGCGUUGACUUUUUUUUUUGAACAAAAAACACUUUUAUCUUUAUUAUUAUUUUCUGGUAGCUUGUAGUUUAUGGGACUUAUGACUAGACUACACCUGUAUAUACACUUUUAUCGGCCUGCUCUGUUGAAAAAAAGCUUGAAACAUGAUGGAU